CGCUAUGUAACCAAAAUUUUCCCAAAUCUCAAAAUAGUCCCUAAAAAGUUGCCAAAUUCCCCCUGCCGUCUACCGGCAGAGCUCCCGCCGCCACCGUUAUGGCGGCGACCGCCGUUACUCUCCGUCCUCAGCAUCUCUAUUCAUUUCCUCGAACUUUACCAUUAUCUCACUCUUCCUUCGUCGAUUCACAUAACCUCAAGACCUCCACUAUCGUCCAGUUCCGCCGCUAUCGCACAAGCGAUUCUCUUCUCCCUCUAGAGAGAUGCCGUAAUCCGAUCCACGAAGCUCGUGCUUGGAGCGCGAGGCAGCGAAGUAGUAUGGUGAUGGGUGACUACAUCGAUGAUAUCGAUGAGGAUGAUGAUGAUGAUGACGAUGAAGAGGAGGAGGAAGAUAGAAGCUUGGAUCUUCUGAUUAGGUUUGUGGAGAAUGUUUUCAGAAAGGUGUCCAGAAAAGCGCGCAGGGCCGUUAAGUCUGUUUUACCAGUCCCUAUCUCCACCAAAUUGGUUGGAUUUGCUGUGAAUGGAACUAUAAUUUUGACUUUUAUGUGGGUUUUGAAAGCUUUUCUUCAGGUUAUUUGCACGCUUGGGAGUGUAGUGUUCGUGAGUAUCUUGAUUAUUCGUGGAAUAUGGAGUGGGAUUUCGUACUUGCAGGAGAACCGUAGUUACAGAGCGUAUGAAGAUGAGCCCCAGUCGUGGAAUCGGUCUCAACCUGCUGCAUAGGUAUUGUGUUUUGCUCUGAGAGGAAGUUUCUUACUCUUAAACACGAAAGAAUAAUAUUGAUUCUGGAGCUUUGACUGAGGAAAAGAACCUUGGUGAAAAAAAUACACCAACUUAAAACUUUGUAUCAUCCAAUUGUGUAGGAAUUUUCGUUCAUGCUUUAUCUUCUUAAAUGUUAGAAUUUGGUGUAUUCGGCUUUUAUUCAUCUGUUAUAAGAAAAAUAAUCCUUUCCUCA